AAUUUCUAGUAAACCCAUCUCAAAAUUUCAUGCCUAAAAAUAUGGUACCAAAAAACAAAAUGCACAAAUUAGACCUAAAUAUUAGCUUAAAACAAUUUGACCAGACACAAUCAAAACGACGAGCGGAUCCAGUCGCCGGUCUGUCAGCUUCACUGUUCUGUAACCUUAGUUUAUGCACUGAAACCUAAUCAAUCAAACAAACCAAAUCAAUGGGACAAGGAAGUAAAGUCAGAGCAAAAGAAAGAAGAGAGAAACGACAACAAGAAAUUUCCCUUCUCCGUACAAUUCCUUACUCAGAUCAUCAAAGAUGGUGGUCUGAAGAAACUAUAGCAGUAGUAACAGGUGCUAACAGAGGAAUAGGGUUUGAAAUUGUGAGACAAUUAGCAGCCCAGGGGCUAACUGUUGUCUUAACCUCAAGACAGAGUAAUGCUGGUCUUGAAGCUGCUAAGGUUUUGCAAGAAUCAGGUCUUAGUGUUGUUUUUCAUCAGCUUGAUAUCUCUGAUUCUUGUUCUAUCAAGAAGUUUUCUGAUUGGAUUCGACAAACCUAUGGCGGUCUUGAUGUUCUGGUGAAUAAUGCUGGUGUUAAUCAUAAUCUUGGGGAUGAUAAUUCUGUUGAAUUUGCUCGGAUGGUUAUUGAUAUUAACUAUUACGGGACUAGAAAUGUGAUUAAAGCUAUGAUCCCUUUGAUGAAGCAUUCUGCUGCUGGUGUUCGUAUUGUUAAUGUUAGCUCACGCCUUGGUCGAAUUAAUGGCAGACGGAAUAGAAUUGGAGAUGUGAUUUUGAGAGAACAACUCAGCAAUCUGGAAUCUCUAUCAGAGGAGCUCAUAGACAAGACUCUAUCCAAUUUCCUACGGCAAGUAGAGGAUGGCACUUGGCUAUCUGGGGCGUGGCCUCAGAUGUUCACUGACUACUCAUUGUCAAAACUUGCAGUUAAUGCUCUCACUAGGUUAAUGGCAAAAGAGCUGUCAGAUCGACCUGAAGGUGGGAAGAUUUAUAUCAAUUGCUUCUGUCCAGGUUGGGUGAAGACCGCAAUGACAGGCUGGGCUGGUAAUUUGUCAUCCGCUGACGGGGCUGACACUGGAGUAUGGCUUGCCUUGCUUCCAGAACAUGCAAUAUCCGGAAAGUUCUUUGCAGAGAGACGCGAAAUAAGCUUCUGAGGUUACUACGCUGAUACAUUUAAUAGGAUCCGCGAGCUGGUACCUAUCUCCUUAGACUGAGAAUAUAUCUAUGAAAUUUAAGGAGAAAAGAUUAGUGUCUAAAUGGGGCGAUCCGUUCGUUCAUUUUAUAACAAAGGAGUUUAUCUUCCAGUUCUAGAUUCUGCUGAUAGGAAAUAGGAUUCUGGGCUGCUAAAACGAAGACUGCAUAUAUGGAAAUCAGUCUGCUUAAUGAUCUUUAGAAGGGUGUAUAACAAGCACUGUAUAAUAGUAAAUGAUUCCUUAUUAAUUUUUUCUUUGCACAA